CUUUCUGCUUGGGUGUUUGAAAAGAGAAGUUACAGAACUGACACUCGAGCUGCGUGGCUCGGUGCAAGACGGAGGUGGGUUUCAUUUCCCAAUCUUUAUUUCUGUACUCACCAUAACUGGAGGAAACUCAAAGUCCAGAGGACCACCAUCCAUCAGCUGACCUGCUUCAGAGCUGAGGGGCUGAAGGGAACUGGACGAUGAUACUCUGUUUGGCUGGAAUAAUGUGCCUUUCUCUUCACACUGCUGAAUCCCAGAGAGACACAGAAUUUUCGCAGAAGCUGGCGCAGAGUUUGGCAUCUCUUGGAAAGGGUGUGCAGAUCAGCUGCCAACUCCCAAGCGGCUCUUACACGUGGACAGUGACCUGGUACAAGGAAGGGCAGGACAAAACCCUGCACAAGAUCGAGCCAGGCUCUAAGUAUUCCACACCGGAAAGGAAGGAUGCCGGGCAAGUGUACAAUCUGCUCAUCAGCGACGUGCAAAGAGAUGACUCCGGAGUGUAUUACUGUGCGGCAAGCAUCAACGAGAAGUUCAGGAUUAUGAGCGGGACUAAGCUUGUGGUCAGAGAUACUUCUAGGUCCAGCCUGUCCAUCCUGAUGCCCUCCUCCCUGGAGUUUGCUCAGAUGAACCACAGUAUCCCCCUACUUUGCCUCUUCUACGAUGCAAAUCCUGAUUGGGACACUGUCUCCUGGAAUAUUAGCGGGGAAAUCUCUCCGGGCCAGAGUGAUGGUGACACAAUUCAUGGGAAGGGAGCUUCCAGUGUUUGGAGUUUGAAGCUGAUUCCUCCGACGAGAUGGACCCAAGGGGCGACUUACUCCUGCUCAGACCAAGAGAACAGAAGCAUCAGUGCUGUAGUGCCCACAAGCAUGGUGUGCUCAAACACAGGAAGCUGCUCCUCUGUAUUCUAUUAUAGAAUCCCUUGCAUCGUCCUCCUCUUGCUGGUCCCGCCCUUAACUCUGGUCUUCAGAAAGCAUCUUGACUCAGACAGUGUGGAGUCAGCGGCAAACAAAAGUCCCAUGAAGGAGAUCCCACUGGUAAUGGGAAUAUCGGCAUUUCAAAAAGAAGUGUGAUCUCUCAUCCCUCCGGAUUAGGAAGAAGUGGCUCAGACCUUCCAAGCUCUGAAAUACAGACUGAGUGGGUUAAUAGUAAGCAUUAGCAUCAUUGUGAAAAGGAGAGGCAAAAAGGAAAAGCAAAAUCUGAAGUUUGUGAUCUUGGAACAUGCAACAUGUUUUUUCUGUAUGUUUUAUUUUUAAUUCUUUGCAGAAAUGUACAAAGGAAACAAGCUACAAACAAGAGCAAAUAACAAUCAACUCAAAAAAAAAAUACUGUUUGGGUUUAUUCGUUCGUUCUACCCCUCUGUGUUCCCUUCACAUUUAGGUUAUUUGUAGAUACAAUUAUAAAAUAAAAUAAAAAUUAGAAUGCUGGUAUUAAACAGAACUUUUUCUAUA